AUGAAAAACGAGACCCGACACAAAGACAGAGGGUUGUUCAUCGACAACAUCGUCGAGAAUCGCAAUGAAGAGCUGACUGACGAGUGCUACAACGUCAAUUGGCGGUUGGAGUUCGAGGACGGCUUCUCCACGAUGAUUCACGUUCCCAUCCCCCACGCCGUCGCCUUCCCCGAUGAGAAAAUCCGCGCCGAGGCCGCGGCCAUGAUGCUCAUCCGCGACAACACAACCAUCCCCGUGCCCGAGGUCUACGCCUGGUGCACCUCGGCCGAUAACCCCACAGGCUACGGGCCGCUCAUCGUUAUGGAGUAUAUCGAGCACGCUCAGUCUCUGGAAAAGAUCAUCAGGGACCAGAUAAAGGCGGCGGGGAGCAGUAGCCCAAAGAAGCCUCUUACGGACAGCAAGCUGCUUAAAGCCUACCGCCAGAUGGCCAACAUCAUGCUUCAGCUGUCAACUAUCGAGGGCUCAGCCAUAGGUUUUCCAUCUGCUAUGGCAGACAUGCAACUCGCCCAUCUGGCCCUGCAGCACAACAACGCGGUGACAAGUCCUCUAGACGGCCGCGAGAAGUCCGUUGCGCGGCAACUAUUCCGGAAGCUGGCCAGGGAGGGACGGCUGGCCGCGGACGAGGAGGAGGACCACGGCAAUACUACUGCGAGGCAGCAGAAGGAGGCUUUCAAGCUGUGGUGCGACGACAUGCGGCCCGCGAGCGUGCUGCUCAACGACAACGACGACGUGGUUGGCGUCGUCGACUGGGAGAUGUCUUAUUUCGCUCCCGCAUCCUUCCAUAAUAACCCGCCCUGGGAUCUGCAGCUCUUGGCCAUCAACGAAGGAGCCGAGGACGGGCGUCCGUCAACAUUAAUAUUCAAACGAAUGAAGCGGAACUGGGAGAAUGGAACAUUCUUCGUGGAUUAUUAUACACGGAUAAACUAUGGUUUCAAUCCAUUUUACUGGAAGUACGUGGACAAGAAGUUCUUUGAAAAGAACAAGAAGACUAACCUGCUGCUUAAGAAAGGCGGGUACAAGGGCAGACUUCACCUUCUUUCCGAAAAGGAGAGGGCGCAGAUGGAGCCAUUCAUUGCAUGGAAGCUGGAAGACCGCGAAGAUGAGAAGGUGGUCGAGUGGGACGAGAAAGACGCCCAAGCCGUUCUGGAAGCGUGUUUGGCGGGGACGCUGGGAGAGAUGGAUAUACCGAAACCACGCGUGAUCCCGUGGACCAUGACGGACCGUCCGGAUUCCCCAUAG